CCGGCUGCCCAGGGCACCAUGGAGCUGCCGCCUGGCUGCUUCCUCCUCCUCCUCGCAGCCCUGCUCCCCCUCGCCGCAUGGUCUGGCCCAGCCCCACUCGCAGCUGGAAGAGAGGAGCCAGGGAUGGUGAAGCCCGGGUACUGCUACCACAUCCCGGAGGUGGAGAACCCACUGGAUGAGGACUGCGGUGCCUGCCGCAGGGAUGCCUCCUGCUCCCGCUGCACUGGUGACACUGGCUGCCCCGGUGCCACCAAGUGCUGCCCCAGCAAGUGUGGCUACACAUGCCAGGAGCCGGUGCUGGAUUUCUGCUACCUGCCCUCCGUCUGCGGGAGCUGCAAGGCGCUCUUCCGCCGCUUCUUCUUCAACGCCUCCAGCCAGCAGUGCGAGGAGUUCAUCUAUGGUGGCUGUGGCGGCAACAGGAACAACUUUGAGACCGAGAGCGAGUGCUUCCAGGCCUGCUCCCACAUCGUUCCAGGUGCCUGAUAGCACCAGCCCAGGGACUGUGGUGGCCUCUGCACGGCCCCUGCCCGGUGGAAGAUGCUGCUGCCAGCAGCCACAUCCCCGUCCCCGCAGGGAGCCGUUCCCCGUGGGGCUGGCGGCCACGGGUGCUGCUGCCCGAGGCGGCC